AUGGAGAACACCCUGAUUGCCCCUUUCUCCACUGACCAGCUCCCUUUUCUCUGGCACUUUGCAACCUCAGACCAGCUGCGGAGGGCGGGCAGCAGUGGGGUCUCAGCUGCUUCUGGCCAUGGCUGCUUGGAGUUUGUAGCUUAUUGGGAAAGGAGCAACCUGGGCCCAAGCAGCAGUACGUACACAGGCUCCAUCCUGGUGGCUGUAAACCCCUACCAGCUGCUCUCCAUCUACUCACCAGAACACAUCCGCCAGUACACCAACAAGAAGAUUGGGGAGAUGCCCCCCCACAUCUUUGCCAUUGCAGACAACUGCUACUUCAACAUGAAACGCAACAGCCGGGACCAGUGCUGUAUCAUCAGCGGAGAGUCCGGAGCAGGGAAGACAGAGAGCACGAAGCUGAUCCUGCAGUUCCUGGCGGCCGUCAGCGGGCAGCACUCGUGGAUCGAGCAGCAGGUCCUGGAGGCCACCCCCAUCCUGGAAGCAUUUGGCAAUGCCAAGACCAUCCGCAAUGACAACUCCAGCCGCUUUGGGAAGUACAUUGACAUCCACUUCAACAAGCGGGGUGCCAUCGAGGGUGCCAAGAUCCAGCAAUAUUUGCUAGAGAAGUCCCGAGUCUGUCGCCAGGCCCCUGAUGAGAGGAACUAUCACGUAUUCUACUGCAUGCUGGAAGGCAUGAAUGAGGAGCAGAAGAAGAAGCUUGGCCUGGGUCAGGCAGCCGACUACAACUACUUGGCCAUGGGUAACUGCAUAACCUGCGAGGGCCGGGUGGACAGCCAGGAGUACGCCAACAUCCGUUCUGCCAUGAAGGUGCUCAUGUUCACUGACACAGAGAACUGGGAGAUCUCCAAGCUCCUGGCUGCCAUCUUGCACAUGGGCAACCUACAGUACGAGGCCCGCACAUUUGAAAACCUGGACGCCUGUGAGGUCCUCUUCUCAUCCCUGGCCACAGCUGCAUCUCUGCUUGAGGUGAAUCCCCCAGAUCUGAUGAGCUGCCUGACCAGCCGCACCCUCAUCACCCGUGGGGAGACGGUGUCCACCCCACUUAGCAGAGAGCAGGCGCUGGAUGUGCGUGACGCUUUUGUCAAGGGCAUCUAUGGUCGCCUUGUGUGGAUUGUGGAUAAGAUCAACGCCGCAAUUUACAAGCCUCCCUCCCAGGAAGUGAAGAACACACGCCGGUCCAUCGGCCUUCUGGACAUUGGGUUCGAGAACUUUGCAGUGAACAGCUUCGAGCAGCUCUGUAUCAACUUCGCCAACGAGCACCUGCAGCAGUUCUUCGUGCGGCAUGUGUUCAAGCUGGAGCAGGAGGAGUAUAACCUGGAGAGCAUCGACUGGCUGCACAUAGAGUUCACUGACAACCAGGACGCCCUGGACAUGAUCGCUAACAGGCCCAUGAACAUCAUCUCCCUCAUCGACGAGGAGAGCAAGUUCCCCAAGGGCACAGAUGCCACCAUGCUACAUAAACUGAACUCCCAGCACAAGGUCAACCCCAACUAUGUGCCCCCCAAGAACAGCCAUGAGACCCAGUUCGGCAUCAUCCACUUUGCAGGCGUUGUCUACUAUGAGACUCAAG